UCACUCCAGCUGUUUACCAAUAGCGAGUUAUGUUGAGUUCUUGUGUGUUGGUUCUGGGAAGUUGUGUUUCUCUAUCGGAUCUGUGUUUCGGGCAUUUGAAUAUGUUCGUGUGUGGUGUCGAUGUUAACUAUUUUUAAAAUAUUUUCGCGAAAUUAAUUAACAGUAUGAAUUUGCCAACGAAUUAGUGAUUAAUAAAUUCGCCUAAUUUUACCGGAUAAUUUGUUCGAAGUGUCGAUAUCCGGAUAUGCGUCCAGAAUGAUGACUAAAUCGGUGCAUCAUUCGGAAUAUUCGACUACUUAUGGAAUGCUUUAAUUACACAGUUUUCUGUGAUGAGUUUCCGUAUGCGAGUUCUGCAGUCCCUGGUGCUGGGAUUGAUCGGUUUAACCCUCAUAUUAUACACAUCACUGUUUUCUAGUCCGAUACAAAUUUAUCGCAUCGAACCUCAUAUUGUUCAUGAAUCUCUAAACAGCACCAUACGACUGGUUAACCAUACGGAAACGAACGGAGGAGCAGGAUCUUCAUCAAUACCAGGAGCUUCAUCUCCAAUAGGAGCAGCAGCUUUGAUAUCUGUAAUAGCAUCAAAAUCUGUAAAACCGUUGAAACAUGCCGCCUCAGCAAAGACUACCAAAGCCAACGAUACGAUACUGCCCUCGAACGAAGGAGCCAGCUCCGUCGUCGACAACACCAUCAAAACAGCCAGUCUCAAGAAGAGGGAAUCGACCGAAAAGGUACCACCUAAGAAUAAUCAAAAUCAAAAGAAUCUCAAAGCUCAGAAGGGUGUUUUAACCAAAGAUAUAUACAAUGCCGGACAUAAUAUCCCAAACGCUGAAAUCUGUCCGGAUCUGGGCAAAGAUAUGAAAUUACUGGUGCUAAUUACCUCGUCGCCGGAUCACGGAGAGAUGCGGAUGGCCAUACGACAAACUUGGGGUCAUUUCGGUCAACGUAAAGAUAUAGGGGUGGCUUUUGUGCUCGGUUCGUCCUUGUCGAACGAGAUGAACGAGGCGAUCGCGACCGAGAUGAACAUGUACGGCGAUAUAAUCCAAGCUAAAUUUAUCGACGUCUACGAUAACCUGACGCUGAAGACUGUAUCCAUGUUCGAAUGGGUAGAUAAUUACUGCUCGCUUGUGCCGUUUUUACUUAAGACUGACGACGAUAUGUUUAUCAACAUUCCUAAAUUACUUUCGGUCACCGAGAAGUAUAAAGGCGCCGAAAGAACGGUAUUCGGCCGACUGGCCAAGAAAUGGAAACCGAUACGGAAGAGCAGCUCGAAAUACUACGUUUCCAUUAACCUGUAUCCGAAAACCUUUUUCCCAGAUUUUACCACAGGGCCAGCUUAUCUAGUGAGCAACGACGCUAUCCAUGAUCUUUACACGAACGCUUUAAACGCCACAUAUCUCAAACUCGAGGACGUAUUUAUGACCGGAGUAGUUGCUCAAAGUAUAGGCAUCAAGAGGGUUCACAUCAACGAAUUUUACAACAAAAGGAUCCCCUACAAUGUAUGCAAUGUUCGCAAGGCGGUCAGUAUCCACAUGGUCAAGUACCACGAACAGUUUAUUUUAUGGGAGAAAUUACACGAUACCAGGGUAAGGUGUAAAUAAAAAGGCUGCAAAGGUUAUUAUAAAUCCGAUCUGGACAUCGAAUCAUGUCGAAGUAAUUCCUCGCAAAGAGAAAUUCAGCGUAUUCCAGAGAAUUUUUUUUCUCAAAUGAUUGUUUCCAUCCAAGGUAGUUACUUCGGCUCGUGCUUCGCCGGCUGGAACCGGAGAAGUUUGGAUGAGAACUGAGAAAUCGUUUCCAAAACGUCCAUUAUUUUCACCAAGCGCUGAAAUAAUGCGGUAUUUCUCUAUUCUAGCGAGAGAUGAUUUGUUCACCUUCGGGUGGAGCUUGUUUUUUUUAGAAUUUAUUUAUUGUUGUUGUUUUUAUUUUUUUUUCGUGAUUUUUUUGUCAUAUUUUUUCUUCCUUGUAUUUUCCUUUCAUUGAAUAUUUUUUAAAGCCAUUUUAUUAUCCUUCGUUUAUUGGAUAUCGUAGGUACUACGUAUCGCAAGCUUUAUUUAACGAGGGAAUUUUUCGAUCUGAUAAACUUGCAUUUGAAUUGAACUUCGACGAAUGUAAAGAAUAUUGGAAUAAAAUUUUCGAAACUGGAUCAGGUAUCAUUUAUGGCGAAUGUUUAAAAAUUUACUCCAUCGCAUGUGCAGAAAAAAAAAUUUCAAGUGAAAAACUGACGACGAUAAUGUGAAAAAACUGUUCGUUUUUUAAAAUAAUGAAUUUUUCACUUUUUCAAACCACACUCAAGAAUUAUCCAACAAAAAUUCUACUUCUGUCGUCAAAUUUUCGAAUUCCUCUGGAAUCCGCCCUAAUUAGCUUGGGCUGCUAUAAAUUUAAUAUUAGGAGUUUUCUGGACAUGUUUUUUUCAUACAUCGAAGUUUCAUUCAAAUCCAAGAUGACAAGGUCGUAAGAUUCCCUUGUAAGAAUAUUCGUAUUCAUAUAUGAACAAGCUAAAUGCUGCAAGUGCCAUUGUAUUUACUUAAUGUAUAUUUUAAUUACCAUCGAAUGGUAAGAACUGUUAAGCUAGCAGAGUGAAAAUCGGCGUUUGAUCUGCUAUUGUAUGGAAAAUCAUGCGGAAAUGUCGUAUUAUUUGCAUUUGUUGGAGAUGGGCUGGUGAAUGUGAAGAUUCAAUCAUUUUGAUGUGAUUCGAAUCGCGUUUUAGACAAAUUUUUAUGUAUUUUGGAGAGCCUUGAUUUUUUGAGGUGUAGGCAGUAUAACUCUAAAUUUUGAGAAAACUCCUUGGAAAAAUUGAAACAAAUUUUUGAUUCGUUGAAAAUAUUGUUUAAAAAUCAUUAAAAAGUGAUUUACAUGACUCUAAGUAUUCCGUUGUUUCUAUUGUUAAAUAAUUUCAGUGAAAACAUGUUUUUUGUUCAAUUUUUAUGCUACACAACUUUUGUUUUAUUUUUUUUUGUGUGGUUAAUUUUCAGGUUAUCUUCAAUUUCUGAUGGCAAAUCACUGAACCGGUUUCAGAAAUUGAUCCAUCAGAAUUGUAUAACCUAUCAUGCUCCAUAAGUUUUGCUCCAAGUUUUUUUCUGUAUUGCAAAUUUUUUUAAUGUUUGGUUGUGAACCACAAAACAACUGAUGAACUGGUUUCAAAAACUGGCCGAUCAGAAUUGACUUCUCAAAUUCUCAUGCUUGAUAAGUUUUAUUCAAGUUUUUCCUGAAUCUCAAAUGUUUCGGUCAUUUUUGACUACUGGAUGCGAACCAUUGAACCGGUUUCAAAAACCGAUCUGCCAGAAUUGUUCGACUUUUCAUUUUCUGCAACUUUUUUUUCGAGUUUCCUCCAGAUUCUCACAUUUUUGGUCAUUUUUGACUAUUGGUUGUGAACCACUGAACCGGUUUCAAAAAACAGAUCUGCCACAGUUGUUCAAUUUUUUCAUGUAGUAGAAUUUUUUAUUCAUGUUUUUUUCAGAAUCUUAAUUUUUUUUGGUCAUUUUUGAAAUACCAUUUAUCCUACUAGUAGAAUAAAACACUACUUUAUUCACUCUCGCUAGUCGCUCGAGUGAUCAAAUGCGCAUUUUUUUCCCACGUUUGGAUAAAAUAUGUUAUUCAACUAGUGAAAUAAAGUGAUUUUCGACAAUUUUUAAUUACUUCCCUCGCUCUGCUCGGGAAAUAAACCUCAAAAAUCGUCAAAAAUCACUUUAUUUUACUAGUAGGAUAAAAUACCAUUGUCAGGUUGUGAAACACUAAACCGGUUUCAAAAAUUAAGUGGCCAGAAUUGAUAAAUUUUUCGUGUCAUACAAAUUUUUUUUAGAAUAUUUUCCAAAAUUUCUGAUUUUUAUCUAUUUUUGUAGCUGGUUUAAAAUCAGUGAACUGGUUUCAAAAGCAGAUCUGGCACAAUUGUUCAGUUUUUCAUGUCCUUACGAUUUCGUUUAUUAACAAGUGCGUGAAUCUGUUUUCAAACGAAUUGUAUACGAACAAAUUGAUUCAAUUCUGAGUGAAUUGUUUGUGAGAGUAUUAAAUCAUUUAAGGGAAUCAUUCAUGAACGAAUUAAAUAAUUUUUUGUAAGAACCAUUCGCGAACAAAUUGAUCAAUUCUUCAAUUUAUAAAUCAAUUCGUUCGCUAAUGAUUCACCAAAAAUUAUUCAAUUCGUUCGUGAAUGAUUUACAAAAAAUUGAGUAAAUUAAUCGAUUCGUUCGCGAACGAGUCACUUAUACAAAUCAAUUCGUUCGCGAAUAGUUCCUCAAAAAUUUGAAAAAUUAUUCAAUUCGUUCGCGAAUGAUUCACUAACUAUUAAUCAAUUCGUUCGCGAGUGAUUCGCCUAAAAAUCAAUCAAUUUUUUCAAUCGCCAAUCGGUUGUGAAUGAUUCGAUUCGAUUCGAUUCGAUUCACUUCGCUUGAAAACAGAUCAAUUCCUAAUUUCUACACAAUAGUUUCACAAAAACCGAAUCAGUCGUAAAUUAAAUUGAUCCGUUUGCGAAUGAUUCACCAAGAAAUCAAUCAAUUUAUUUAAUCACCAAUCGUUCGUAAAUGAUUCGAUCCGAUUGUAAACAGAUUAUUUUCCAUACAAAUGUUUCAAAAAAAGUGACUCAAUUUGUUUGUAAAAGAUUUGUAUUUGAAGAAAAGCCGGUCUUCUCACGCAAGUGUUUUUUUGAAAGUGAUUUUUUUUAAGGUUGAUAACUCCGUUUCAAAGGGACCUCCGGAGUGGAAAUUUUUCUGGACGACUUUCAACUCAAAUUGAAAGUGUUCACUGAAUUUGAUCAAAAUCCUUCAACUUUUUUUUCUUGCAAUCCACUCAAACGUACUUACAUAAACUGAAAUAGAAUUGGAAAAAUAACUGUAAUAAUGAAUAACCACGGUUUUAUCAGCGGAUAUAACAAAAUCUUGAUUAUUGAUCAUCACAUAUAAACAAAAUAAUAACUUCAAUUUUGUCGCCUGCUUCACAUUUAUUUUCUGCCAUUUCCCAAAAACAGAUAAAAUGGUUGUACUUAUACGAGUAUUUCAUCUCGAAAUAAAACCCUGAAAAACCCUGUGCCAACUUUUGCCUCAUCGUUAAACAUCGCCAUAUCAAUAAAAAAGAAAAACACCCACACAUUACAUAGGUAGGUACCACAAACCCUCUUACGAGAUCAUCCCUUCGUGGAAUUCAUAUAUAUGUACGUACAAUCUCACGUGCAAUUUCUUUGUAAUAUACCUUUUCCUCCCUCUCUCUCUCCCACCUCAUACAUUUCCUUUUUUCAUGGCGACGUCUGGUCGUAGAUAUAUGGAAAUGGAAAUGGGACGAAAUUCGAGCAAAAAUAUAAAAACUGCACGAAAUGAUAGUCCGCUGUUCGCGCUAAGUGAACUUGUAUGUGCGUGAUACGUUAAGGAAAAAAAUAACCUGAGGUAAUGCUCAUCGUUAAAAAAAAAAUCAAGAAGAGAUGCCUCUCUCUAAUACCUACCUAUACGACAUUUCCGCAUAUUUUUUUAUGGAAAUAAAAAUAGCGGUUCUUUUAUGCAUAUGUGUGUAGUAGGUUUUUUAUUCGAUAUACUAAACCUACAUAUCUUUUUUUUUUAUUAUCGCCACGUACGGUUUUUUAGUUCAAAUUUUUUCGCUUAGUUUUUAGUUUUUUUUUCUCUCGUCGUCGUCGAAUUCGUAUAUUAGCUGUAGGUAAUUCAUUGCGGUUGAUUUGUGGCCGUAGCCAUCAAUGAAACCAACAACGUUUUACUACGAUGAGUGUAAUCGUCGUGAAACGACAUCCGAAUUUUCUUUUCCCCCGAUCCCUUGUUUCUUUCUCGUAGCCAAUAAGGGUGGUUGUAUAUAACGAUACAAUUCUCUUGGAAGAACAUCAUUUCCUUCGAAAUCAAAAAUAAGAGAACGAAAUUUUAUAAAGGAAGUUUCAAAAGCUACUUUGUAAUCAAUAAACGGAAAUUUGAUUUUUCACCACUCCUUAUUUUUCCACCUAUCUCUCCCCCCCCCCCCCGUUGAACCCCCAAUUUUCAUCGACGAUGUUAUUUUAAUGUGUACAUAGUCUAGCCCGUUAACAAGGAUGAACAUAGAGGAUGAACAGGAGGACCAAGAGGAGAAAAAGAAUAGGGAAAUUGUACAUUUGGUAAAAUUCUUGUCGAUGGACUUUGUAGUAGUCGUCGGCGGGUGCGUAAUGACGGACGGUUACCCUGGUAACGCCUUACGACGGCGGCCUUAUUCCUCGUACAGUUUCGCUUUCCUUUUUUUCCUCUCUUUCGAACGCUAUACGCCGCUGUUGUGUGUGUAUUUAUUAAUUAUUUAUUAUACUCGGCUGCUAAAUCACCCGCAGCCGGCCGAAAAGUACACAAGAUGUAGGUUUGUAGGGGGAUUCGGUUCGGCUUCGGGUUGCUUUUUUGAUUUCUAUACGCGGUUCAGGCGCAGUAGACUUGUACUUUUCUUCAAUCAUACUCGUGUAUCUUGAAUUUAUUUGCCAUACGGGUUUCUAGAAUCGAAUUUUUUGGUCGAGUGAGUGGUAAUGUUUGUAAUUCGGAUAGUGUUAUCUGGGUUUGAAUUUUCGGAUGAGGGAGGGGGAGGGUGUUGUCAGUUGUGCUGAAGGCAAAAGAGAUGAACACGCUUUUGAAACUGCAGUCAGGGCCCUGCGGGUCUUAUUUUAAGAAAAAGUGAAAAAAUAAAGGUUGUUUUUCCUUGUAUAGUGAUUUGCUACUGAACUGUGGAGAAAUGUAGGCGAAGCUCGGUGUACUUUCAAAUCAUGAUCAUUCAAGCGAAAAAAUGUGUGGGAGACUCGAAUUUUUUUUAAAUUGAAAAAUAAGUUACUUAAAAAAAAUCCUGGAAGCAUAAUGUUUUAAACUUUUGUUGAAAUAUCAAAAAAUUGAAGCUUUUUUCCGAAAUAAUCUAAGCGAAAAAAACGUGAAAAAUGAACAAGACAACUCAGUUUUUAAAAAAAUUAAUUUUACUACUUGAAAACAUUUUUAUAUCUAUCAUUUCGUUGAAAUUUUGAAACAUUGAGAAAACACAAAAAAAAAUCAAUUUGUUUUUCAUCUUGUAAAGAUUGGUUGAAAAAUUAUAAAAAUGUACCUGACUUUUUUCAAAAAAAAAAAAAACAAAAAAAAACGUGGUAAACUUGAGAAAAUUAUUGGAAGUGUUCUCGUGAAAAUUGGGGGGGGGGAAUGAGAAAAUAAUUCUUAUAGCUACCUAUCAUUUGACAAAAUAUUUGUUGGAAUGCCAGAAAACUACAAAAACAUAAUUAUAAUAAAAAACCGUUUUUUUUUUUUUUUUUUUUAUCAGAAGAACAAUUUUAAUUUGUUUGGAGAAUUUGUUGAAAUGUCGAAAAAUAGUGUCAUCUCAAAGAAUACUAAUUUUCAUUUUACAUACUUUGAGUGUCAAAAAAAUUUAAAAACAAAUUUAAAAAGAGAGAUUCGAUUUUUCGAAAUUAUUGAAGAAGUGAAAAAUAACUUUUCAUUUGAAAUUUUAUCAUUAAUAGAGUAGGCAUACCCUGAAUGAAGUGUUGGUACUUAUUUUUGGUCCAUCUGUAAAGCAGAGAUCGCCCAAUCGGAUGUUCAACAGCUCGCACGUAGUAACGGAAUCCGAUUACCCAGCCACAUUCCUCGAAAUAUGUACUCUUCAAUGGUCACUGCUAAAAUUACUGAUACUGCCAAGGAUAAUGCAAAAAAUACCUGGUAUCUUGUUCGGUUACACGCCAACCCUCACAAAUAUAAAUUUACUUUCGCCUACCGUAAAAUUCUUCCAUCCGGUACUCUUCAGAUCCGUUUCGACGAUGAAAAGAAUACCUCCAGAUUUACAAAUGCGCUAAAAUUGGCAAAAAACGCCGCUAGCGAAAAAUUAGUAGGUACCUAAUUCCAUGUUUUUGAAACCUUGUCAAGUAAUUGGGAAAUGAUGACGAUUUUUUCUAAAUUUCCCCCUCUCCUGCCUGUAAAUUGUUCGUUUCCGUUCAAUAAUAUAAUUCUUUUGUCAAGAAAUUGCUCUAUAAAUUUCAUAAUUUUUUGCUCCGUUGUUGAAAAGUUUCUGCCAAUAAAUGAAAAUGAGAUUUCCAAUUUUUCUGAAAAUUUUAUCCAACUUUGAAGCCUUCUAGUUUUCUGUUUACAAGAAGGUGAAAUUUUAUCUGAGCAUGGUAUUUAUCUUUUGAACUGGCGCCCUCUGAUUUGAAUUCAACUAAAGUGGAUCAAAAAAACAUGCCUUAACUCCUCCCCCCUCCCACCUUCCUUCUUACAAAAUUUUAGAUGCUCGAGUUCAUUUUUUGGCUGUUGGUGAAUUUUUGAAAAUUUAAAAAAAAUGAAAAAAACAAUUACAUUUUUUUUCAAACGAAAUGAAAUAGUGUGAAUAAUUUACUUCAUUUUAAUCGUCUCCCCUCUUCCCACUUCGAAAACUACAAGUUUAAUGCCAUUUUCUGGAGUAUUCGCAGCGAGUUUUCAAUUCUUUCCAGUUUAAAAUUUCGUUGAAAACUCCGAAAAGUUUUUAAAAUUUUCGUUCUUCAAGUCGAAUGGUUAUGUGGAUAAAUCCGACGGUAUCUCAAUAAAAAAAAAACGCUCGUGAUAUCCCAUUUUUGAAAAAAAAAAUCAAAAAUUUAACAAAAACCCAAAAAUGAACUUUAGCUUUUGAAAUUUUGGUCAAGUAUAAAUGGGGUUUUAGAUACCUAUGCUCUUUCAAUCUGGCUUGGUUUCGUUCCAAUUGGAGGAUAUUACUUCAGAAUGUUCCUUGUGAGUAAUUUUUGGUCAAAACAAACUGCAUUGAAAAAACUGACUUGUAAUUUUUAAUGAAUUUUUAUCAAACAAUAUAGUUUUUUCUGGGUGGGGGGGGGGAUUGACAACUUUUCUGAUACCUUGCUUCGAAGAGCAAUUAAAUGAUCAGACAUCAAAACACCUUUCCCAAAAACCUGAAACAGGAAUCUAGACGACUUGAAAAUAUUUACCCCUUCGAACAAACAAACUAUGCAAUUUUACUACCAUAUUUUAUUGUAUUCAAAAAAUCGUGUUUUACAACCAAUAAGAGUCUUCAAUGACCAGGCGAAUUUUUAAAACGCUAUAAAAAUUUUAUAUCGAGUAUCUCCCCGUAUUAAUUUUCAUUCGAGUUGUUGAAAGAAUAAUAAAAGUUUCUCAUUUAUAAUUUGCAACUUGUAUCGAUUACUUAACCCAUACCGAUAUUGAAACGAGUAAGCUUACGUGAGAGGACAUUUUAAUAAACAGGAGAUCACCAGGUGACCAGAAUAAGGGUGGGGAAAACUCGUUACACGAAUACGUGAAAACCAUUGCUCAUUUACGUGAAGUUUUCAUCGAUUAAAAUUAUUGUAAAAGAUAACUAAUUAAAAAUAUCGAUUAGAUGGGAGUACUUGUGUGCAUGAGGUGAUAAAAUUCAUACUUCUGGAUAAUAUGUACGACGUACGUUCCCGUUCGACACGAAGAGAAUAUCCUCUCUCUCCUCCUCCUCCUCUUGCUCUCCUUCUAAUGUUAAUUGGAGUGUGAAAAAUUCGGUGCUGUAAACAUGAUUUGUUUUGUUUUGUUCUUAUUUUUUUCUAUUUAUUGUUAGCGACUAUUUAUUGACAAAUUCUGUUUCCAUUUUGUCGACUCGAUGAUGGUUAAGUUCCUUUAAUAUUUAUUUUCGAGAUUUAUAUUGCAUUUUUUUAAAACGACUUUAUUCUUUUUUCCAUUUCGCCAAACGAAUCAAAGGGUUUUACACGCGAUAUUAUUUUAAUUAUUCAAUUUUUUUUUUCUUAGAAAUGAAAUUAUAGAUUUAAUAUUUUUAAGUACGAAUUUCAACUUAAACCUUACGUAAUAAUUACAUGUAUCUGUGUAUAUUGUGAUUGUUUACCUUUUAUGUGCAUAAUGGUGAUUGACAAUGUAAAAUCGUGUAGCAUUUUCGUAUUUUUUUUUCUUUUUUUUUCGUGUGUCUUGUUAUAAAACGAAUCUCUGUUAUUUAUGUUUUUUUCUUACCAGAAUUUUUAUAGGAAUUCUAUUAAGUAAUAAUAUACGAUUAAAACGCAUAAACAUACACAAGUAAAGCAUUUGCUCAAAGUUUUUUUUUGUGUCUCGUUGUCGAAAAUUUUCUACUUACUGUAAUCGUAAACAAAAAAGGGUGACGCGCGCGUAUUGUCUUGUGUUUUCUUUUUGUAUAUUUUUUUUCGUAUUUUUUACAAUGAUUGAAUCGUUGUUACCAUUUUAAACGAACGAGAGGUGUGUUAGUUCGAGAAAAAUCAAUUCAAAAUAAAGAAUAGGUUAAGAUGUGUACUUGAAACGCUUAGUAGCUGCGGAUUAUACUGUAAUAUGUUUGUAAUUUCCAAAAAACAAACUUGUCGUGUGUAAUGGUGAAAAUAUGUAUCAAAAUUUAGGGGUUUCCAAAUGUGUGUAAUUUUAAUAGCAUGUAUACCGAUUUUAUUAUUUAGGCGAUUAUGGUAAAUUAUUAUAUUAAAGUGUGCGCGAAAUUAUGUGUUACCUGAAUUUUACUCGUGUAUAUGUGCGAAUAAAACGUGUAUUUCUUUUCUUUUUUAAA